AUGAAGAAGUUUCCACGCACGUUAUUGUUGUCCCUUGUCGUAGUCUUCGCCGCGUGUUCUUUGGUCGUUAACUGCAUUCGCACGCCGCCACAAAAAAUUACGGUCAAUGGUGGAAAGGAGAAAAACGUCGGGAUAGAACGAGCUCAACCACACCACAAGGAGGAAAUAGGGAAAAAAGUAGAAAUGGAAAUGUAUCCGACAGGAUCGAGCUUACCGGAUUGUUCGUACGCGUGUGGCGCGUGUUCGCCGUGUAAGCGCGUGAUGAUUAGCUUUCAGUGCUCCGUUGCCGAAUCAUGCAGCGUCAUCUACAGAUGCACGUGCAAAGGAAGAUACUAUCACGUGCCAUCCAGAGCUUGA